AUGUGCUUUGUCUUGGACAUGAUUAAAGUUUUGGAUAAGAAAAACGAUGUCACUUUUAAUGUAGUUCUGAAGAUAAUAAUUAAGGAAUUAACAUUGAUAUGUUUUCAAUUGUUAUCUUAUAUGGGUCCUAUUAGAAAUUACAAAUACAAAUCAGGAGCCCAAAAAAGAAAGGAGAAAUUAAGGAAGGAACUCUUGCAAAAAAGUCAGGUUGGUUAUCUUAAUAAGUAUUUUAAUACAAAUAAUGUAGACAAUUUUGUAGUGAAUGAGAAUGACAUUGAGAAUCAAUUUGAUAUUGAAAGUAAUGAGAAUGAGAAAAUUUCAAGUGAUGUGAAUGAAAAUGAAGAAGUGAAUGGAACAUUUAAUGAGAAUGAGAAAACUUCAAGUGAUGUCAAUGAAAAGGAAGAACUAAAUCAAACAGUGAAUGAGAAUGAGAAAACUUUAAGUGAUGUAUUCAACUUUCCUUUUGAUAUUGAUGAUCCAGGAAAUUGGGAUAGGAUUGGUCAUAUUAAUAUGACAAACUUUAUAGUUGAAAGAGGUCCAAAAAGAGUCAUUAAGGAAGAGUUUACUAGGGAUGCUUCUGGUAGGAAUUUUUCUUCAUGGCAUUAUAUUAGAGAAUUACCAAAUGGAGAGAAACAAGAUAGGAAGUGGUUGAUAUAUUCAGUUUCUUUAGAUAAAGUAUUUUGUUUUUGUUGUAAAUUGUUUGCAACAAAGAAGCAUCUUGUGGGUUUUUUAGCUGAGGGAGGUUUUAAUGACUGGCAUAAUAUUUCUGAACGACUAAAAAGUCAUGAACGAAGUACACAACACAUUGAGUCAAUUGCUAGUUGGGUGGAAUUAGAAAAACGACUGAAAAUGAAGUUAACAAUUGAUGCAAGUUUAGAAGAACAAGUUAAUCAAGAGAAAAAACAUUAG